AUGGGCCAAGGCGACGAGAAGGAUCGCAUAGUGAUAAACGUAGGAGGGAUCAAACAUCAAACCUACCGCAGUACCCUGCGCACCUUGCCUGGCACCCGGCUAGCUUGGCUUGCUGAGCCCGAUGCCCCGAAUAAUUUCGACUACGAUGCCAAUAUCGGGGAGUUCUUCUUUGAUCGUCACCCGGGCGUCUUUGCGCACAUUCUCAACUAUUACCGGACAGGGAAACUCCACUGCCCGGCCGACGUGUGUGGGCCGUUAUACGAGGAGGAACUGUCAUUCUGGGGGAUUGACGAAACCGACGUGGAACCAUGUUGCUGGAUGACCUACCGGCAGCACCGCGAAGCCGAGGAAGCGUUAGACAGUUUCGGCGGAGGAGCGUUGGACAUUGGACACGAGGAACCAGAGGUCGACGGUGUAACAGAAGCGGCGGAAGGGGAUGAGGGCGUUGAGAUGACCCGGAGACUGGCGCAGGGAGACUCACCCGACAACCGCUCCGGGCGGUGGCACUAUUGGCAGAAACGGGUUUGGGCGCUUUUUGAAGAUCCGUAUUCCUCGAGAUAUGCACGGUGGAUUGCUUUUGCGUCUCUGUUCUUCAUCCUGGUUUCCAUCACUACCUUCUGUCUGGAGACUCAUGAGGCCUUCAACCCCAUCUUCAACCGUACGGAGAUCGAGGUCGUGAACAAUGAGACCAUGGAGCGUACCUAUCAGGAGACGGAGACCAUGGUGCAGCUCACCUACAUCGAGGGCGUCUGUGUCGUGUGGUUCACCUUCGAGUUUCUCGUAAGAAUCGUCUUCUGUCCCAACAAACUUAAGUUCAUCAAAAACGCCCUCAACAUCAUCGAUUUCGUGGCCAUCCUGCCGUUUUACUUGGAGGUAGGCUUGAGCGGGCUCUCCUCCAAAGCGGCCAAGGACGUCCUGGGCUUUUUGCGCGUGGUACGGUUCGUCCGAAUCCUACGUAUCUUCAAGCUGACGCGUCACUUCGUGGGUCUUCGCGUCUUGGGUCACACGCUCCGCGCUAGUACCAACGAGUUCAUCCUCCUCAUCAUCUUCCUUGCGCUGGGAGUCCUCAUCUUUGCGACCAUGAUCUACUACGCUGAACGAAUCGGCGCCAACCCGGCGGACCCGAGAGCCAGUGCGCACACGCAUUUCAAGAACAUCCCGAUCGGCUUCUGGUGGGCGGUGGUAACCAUGACGACCCUCGGCUACGGCGACAUGUACCCUCAGACUACGUCGGGCAUGUUGGUGGGCGCCCUGUGCGCCCUGGCGGGAGUGCUGACCAUCGCGAUGCCCGUGCCCGUCAUCGUCAACAACUUCGGCAUGUACUACUCCCUGGCCAUGGCAAAACAAAAGUUACCAAAGAAAAAAAACAAGCAUAUCCCGCGGGCACCGCAGCUAGGUUCUCCGAACUACUGUAAGUCGGUCAUAAAUUCUCCCCAACCCAGCACUCACAGCGACACCUGCCCAUUGGCACAGGAAGAGGUCUCUGAGAUCAGAUACCAAGAUUUCAAAGUGAACGGCGAGGCAUCAAAAGCAGCCCUAGCCAAUGAGGACUGUCCUCAUAUAGACCAGGCGGUGUCUCCGGAAGAAGUCUUCAGCCCAGUGGACAGAGAAAGACCUUGUUUCCUCCUGACCUCGGGAGAACGGACCAAUCACACAGGGGCAAGAGUCAGGAAGGGUUAUGAAAAGCCAUGGAAGCACAGCAGCAUGUCUGGAGGCGUGGCCUCUGUCUCAGCUCCGCCCUGCAGCCCGCCCUGCCUAAUCCAGCAGACACACUCCCCCAUUCCAUCCAUCCUGUAG